AUGGAGGACCAAAACAACACAACGUUAUGGCCCCAGUUCGAACACUCAACAGUAAAGUCCCACAAACCUGAAGAUGAAGAUGUGAAACUGAGUUAUCAAGUGGCCGCGUCUCUCCUGCUUGGUGCGCUCAUCCUGAGCGCAAUAUUUGGGAACGCCUGCGUGGUUGCGGCCAUCGCGUUGGAGCGGUCCCUCCAGAAUGUAGCCAACUACCUGAUCGGGUCUCUGGCCGUAACCGACCUGAUGGUAUCCGUGCUGGUUCUCCCCAUGGCGGCGCUUUACCAGGUCUUAAACCGAUGGACGCUCGGACAGGUUCCGUGCGACAUCUUCAUCUCUCUGGACGUGUUGUGCUGCACGUCGUCCAUCCUGCACCUGUGCGCAAUCGCUUUGGACAGAUACUGGGCAAUCACCGAACCUAUAGAAUACAUGAAGAAAAGAACGCCGAGAAGAGCUGCAAUUCUUAUCAGUGUCACUUGGCUCGUCGGGUUCUCCAUCUCUGUGCCACCAAUGUUGGUCAUGCGCUCCCAGCCCAACAGUAUGGCAGAGGACAGGGCGAAUCCCAAGCAGUGUAAGAUCAGGCAAGACCCCUGGUACACAAUUUACUCUACUUUCGGGGCUUUUUAUAUCCCAUUAUUCCUAAUGCUGGUUUUAUAUGGACGGAUAUUCAAAGCUGCCCGCUUUCGGAUCAGAAGGACUGUGCGUAAAACCGAGAAAAAGAAAGUUUCCGACUCCUGUUUAGCAAUGUCUCCUGCGUUGUUCCGAGAAAAGCCCCACGGAGACUCGCAGGGAAAGAGCUGGAAAAGAAGCGUGGAACCCCGGCCGUUGCCGAGCGCCAACGGCGCCGUCAAACACGCGGACGACGGCGAAUCUCUGGAGAUAAUCGAAGUUCACAAAAACUCAAAAGGUAACCUGCCGUUGCCCGACACCCUGAGUUCUGUGCCGCUGUUCGAGAGUAGGCAAGAAAAGGCAACCGAGGCAAAAAGAAAGAUCGCAAUGGCACGGGAGCGCAAAACGGUGAAGACUCUGGGCAUCAUCAUGGGCACCUUUAUUCUCUGCUGGUUGCCAUUCUUCAUAGUCGCCCUGGUCAUGCCGUUUUGCCAGGAAUCGUGCUACAUGCCCCGCUGGCUGGAGGAUGUCAUAAACUGGCUGGGUUACUCCAACUCUUUACUGAACCCCAUCAUCUACGCGUACUUUAAUAAAGACUUUCAAAGCGCUUUCAAAAAAAUAAUCAAGUGUCAUUUCUGUAAGCCAUGA